AAUUUAGGUGAUGCCUUUCCAGUGCAAAUGAAUCCAAUCGCUCAAUCUCAGUUUGUACCUUUGGCUGAAGUUCUUUGCUGUGCUGUAUCUGAUAUGAAUGCAGCUCAGAUUGUAGUAACACAGGAAUCACUUUUGGAGCAUUUGAUGAAACAUUAUCCAGGUAUUGCAGUUCCAUCCCAAGAGAUUCUCUAUACCACUCUGGGAACUCUGAUUAAAGAAAGGAAGAUUUAUCACACUGGAGAAGGAUACUUCAUAGUAACUCCUCAGACGUAUUUCAUCACAAAUACAACCACCCAGGAAAAUAAGAGAGUCCUCCUAUCAGAGGAAAGUCACCGAGUGACGUAUCUGGUGAGCAUGGAGAGCUGUGCAGAGUCAGCCCCAGAGAAUGCUGUCCCCAUCUCCCAUUGCCGGUCUUGCCGAUGUGUCCCUGACGUGUGCAUUCAGGAUGUGCAGGAACCACCACCUGCUGCAGAAGUGACUAGAAAAGACCAGAAAGGUCUUGGGGAGUGCAAACCUUGGGUACAGAAUCGGGUAGUUUCAGUGUCUGAGGAGAAUCAUGUCUGUGAGAGCACCAAACUACCAUACACGAGAGACAGAGAAAAGGGCAAGAAGUUUGGUUUUAGUCUCUUGUGGCGCAGCCUAUCCAGGAAGGAGAAGCCCAAAACAGAGCAUAGAAGUUUCUCUGCUCAAUUCCCACCUGAAGAAUGGCCUGUCCGAGAUGAAGAUAACUUGGACAAUAUCCCUCGAGAUGUUGAACAUGAGAUAAUCAAACGAAUCAACCCUGUUCUGACUGUUGACAACCUAAUCAAACACACUGUCCUAAUGCAAAAAUAUGAAGAGCGGAAAAAUUAUAAUAGCCAGGGCACUUCCACUGAUAUGCUUACAGCUAGGCAUAAAUAUCCUUCAAGAGAGAGAGUUAAGAGAAGACAGGGUCGGUCUGCAAAGCCUCGAAGGCAGGGCCAUUCACAUAGGGAUAGACACAAAGCCAGGAGUCAGGGAAGUGAGCAUCAGCCAGGAAGCAUGAGACUGGAGAAGUGCCCUAAGCUCCAUGCCACACAGCCCAGCUCCAGAAUCAAAAGCCCAAAUGAAGCAGUAGCUCAGACACCACUUGGUGAGAAUCCGACAGUGCUAGGCCCCCAUUUGCUUUACAAAAAGCGAAUCAGUAAUCCUUUCCAGGGUUUGUCUUACCGAGGGAGCCUGAUAACUAAAGGGCACAAAAUUCAGAAGACCACUGACCUGAAACCCAGUCAGAUUGGAGCAAAGGAAAAGUCUUUCCAAAGGUCAAGGUCUUUGGAUUCCUCAAGAAUCUUUGAUAGUGAAGCCAAACAGCAAUGUGCUGAACAAGGUAAUGAUAAGCUGAAAGCAGAAUCCAUUUCUAUGAAUAACUCUGUCAGACCUAUUAGUCAGGACUUCAAGGAUCACCUCUCAGAUUACCCCCAAUGUAGCAUUUUUCAAGAUGACAGUAAGUGCUAUUCCUUUAGGGAAAUCACGUUGAGAUAUGAUGUGUGUAGUGGAGAAAAUGAGGUAAUCCCUGAAGUCUUGUGGAAAAGUCAUUCUCACUUUGACAAGUUAGAGGAGACCAAAGAAACACAGCAUAUCCUGCCAUCACAAGAUUCCUCUUAUUUAGACCAAACAUCCUCUGCUUGUACAUUAGUUGACAAAACAUUACACCAGUUUCAAAAUCUUGGCCUUUUGGAUUACCCAGUUGGUGCAAACCAUUUGAGACAAUCUGAGAGACAAGACAGAGACUCAGAAGAGCAAAUGACAAAAGCAUUUGUUCAGGAUGCAGAGACUGUGAGUCUAGAAAAUGAAGGGCUUUCUGAUAACGACCAGGCCUUGUAUGAGAAUGAAGUGGAAGAUGAUGAAGGUGCCUGCAGUUCAUUAUAUCUAGAAGAGGAUGACUUUUCUGAGAAUGAGGACUUAUGCCAAAUGCUGCCUGGCCCCAAUUCCCUCACAGGUGGAAGCAAGUGGAAUCAUUUAAGAAGACAAAAAGUGACUGAGAGAUCUCAGACUGAGUACCAUAGCAAAAGGUUUGAGCCUCAGGUGCUUGAAAGAAAUGAAUGUUAUAGACCCACUGGGUUGCUCACUAGCCCAGGUGAAAAUCAACAGCCUGAUCUCUCUGCUGAAAGCCAAGGCCUAAACUCAGGGACCCAGUUUGUUUUUGACUUUGAAGAGAAACUGAGUGUUGCUAAAUGUGUGCAGGCCUCGUCACAUGCUGAUGGAAGUAUGUUUGAUUACUGUAACACAAGGAAAGCCAAUUCUGAGGCUGAAACCCUACGAGACUCUGUUGGUGACACAGGAAAGAAACCAGCUGGCUGGCAUCAGAGUCCUCAGAAUCAGGAAAUGAGAAAACAUUUGACCCAAAAGUUAGAACUUUUCAACACUUCACAUAUGCCAUUGUUGGCUCAGGAUAUCCAACAUGAACACAGUCAGUUGGAAGGAACAGAAAAUCAUAGCAUGGCAGGAGAUAGUGGAAUAGAUUCUCCACGGACACAGAGUCUGGCAUCUAAUAAUUCAGUCAUUUUGGAAGGACUAAAAAGAAGACAGAAUUUUCUGCAGAACUUUGAAGGCACAAAGAACAGUCAAACACUCACAUCUGCUUCCUUACUACAACUAACUCCAGUCAUCAAUGUUUAA